CGAAAAGUAAUAAACCUGACGAUACCUGGUUGUUCAGAGGAAGCCUCAUUCAUUGAACCGAAAGGGAUUUGAACCGCCUGAGCCACUUUAAUAUAAUUUAAUUGAUGCUAUUUAUGACUCGUGCUGAUGUUAAUAUUAUAUGCCGAGUAUAUUGAACUUUGAGUCUUCUAUUGUUUCACUGGAUCAUUUGAUUCGGUCCUGUUUUCUUUCGACUGUGCCACUAGUCAGUGGCUGAUUAUUAUUAAUGCCGUAUUACAGGUUUUCUAGAUUCCGCUCACCUAGACGAAGGGGAUUUUUUGGAGGGGGAAGAAGGCUUCGGUCCGUAGAUUGGAGUGCGUACACUCUUGCUAAAUUCGAAAAGAAGUUUUAUCAUGAAUGUUCAAGCGUGCGUGAUCGGUCACGUAGAGAUGUCGAAGAGUUUCGAUCCAAACACAAAGUUACUGUUCUUGGGCACAAUGUUCCGAGGCCCUUGUUCAAAUUCAGUGAGGCUGGCUUCCCAAGUUACAUAAUGAGCGUAAUCAAGAAAAGCAAAUGGGAUUCGCCUACUCCUAUUCAGUGUCAGGGUUGGCCGGUAGCACUCAGCGGACGUGAUUUGGUUGGGAUCGCCCAAACAGGAUCAGGAAAGACAGCUAGUUUCCUCCUUCCAGCGAUCGUUCACGCCAAAGCCCAACCGAGCCUAAAAAGAGGGGAUGGACCGAUUGUUUUAAUCCUUGUUCCUACCAGAGAGCUUGCUCAGCAAGUAGAAAAAGUUGCCGAAGAUUUCUGUUACUCAGCUGGAUUCAAGUCCGCAUGUCUUUAUGGUGGAGCAUCAAGAACUGGUCAAGCAGAAGCUUUAGGACAGUCUCCUGAAGUAGUCAUAGCAACUCCUGGCCGUCUCCUCGAUUUUCUGGAAUCGAGACAUACAAAUAUGCGCCGUUGCACUUAUUUAGUGCUUGACGAGGCUGAUCGUAUGUUAGAUAUGGGCUUCGAACCUUCUAUUAGAAGAGUUGUCUCACAAGUUCGUCCAGACCGACAGACGCUGAUGUGGUCAGCUACGUGGCCUAGGGAAGUAAAAGCAUUGGCAGAAGAUUUCCUUUAUGAUUACAUUCAAAUAAAUGUUGGUUCAACCAAGUUGAGCGCGAACCACAACAUUCGACAACAUGUAGAGAUCCUAAAUGAGAGUGAGAAGUUCAAGCGUUUACUUAGUCUUCUCAAUUCCUUUGACAAUGCUCGUGUGCUUGUCUUUACGGAAACCAAAAAGCGUACAGAUGAACUUUGUCAAAAACUCCAAGAUAAGGGUUUUGAUGCCACAGCUAUGCAUGGGGAUAAACAUCAGAAAGAACGUGAUCGUGCCCUAGACAUGUUUCGUGAAGGUCAUAUAUCUGUUCUCGUUGCCACAGAUGUCGCAUCUAGAGGCCUAGAUAUUAAUGACGUCCGAUAUAUAAUCAAUUAUGACUAUCCGUCGCAAACUGAAGAUUACAUCCACAGAAUUGGACGGACGGGUAGAAGUGACAAAAAAGGCACUGCAUAUACAUUCUUUAGUGCCAAACAACCAAGAUUGGCCAGGGAACUUAUUGAAGUGCUAAAGGAAGCCCGUCAAACAAUUCCUGACGAGUUGUUCAAAAUUGCGGAGGGAUAUUACGUUGAACGCACUCGGUCAUCCGGACAAUCAUAUCGUCGAAGUAGGUCGGGUUCGAGUCGGAGUGUGAGCUCAGGCAAGAGAAGUAUAUCUAAGAGGAGUCGAUCUAGCGCCAGCCGUCACUCUCGAUCUCACUCCAGCCGCAGUGCGACACCAUACAGAUCGAGAAGUCCUCAAAAUAAGGGUUACCACUCGCGUGCUCGGUCCAAAAGUUUGUCGCGCAAUGGGAAUGGCGCAGCUAGUGACGAGUCGAAAGUGAGUUCACCCAGGGAGAGGAGGUCUUAUGGUUCACAUACUCCACCAAAACGCAAAGACCGAUCACAGUCUUCUCAAUAUUCGAAAGAUGCCUAUCGUGAGGAAUCUAACCGUCACCGCUCUAGUUCGGAUGGCAGUCCAUCAAAGCGAACUAAGGAAAGAAGCCAUUCAAGUCGAAGUUCGCAUUCGGGUAAACAUAAAUACUCUCGUUCACCACAAAGAGAAGAUGUAGAGAGAACUCAUUCUGCAUCCAGUGGUGGUCGAUCAGCAUCUCGUCACCGUUCACAGUCAUCAGUCCAUUCUCGUUCAAAAUCAAGUAGCGUUAAACGGUCCCAACGCAAGUCCAAUAGGUCCUCUGUCAGUCACAAUUCCCACCAAAGUGCAUCUCGUGAGCACAGUGGAAGUAUGGAACACUCACCUGCUAGGACUGAUCCUGAUGUUGCUGACCAUUCUUCACGUUCUGUUGUCGACGUGAGUCCAGCUGAUGGGUCCUUGGACCGUCGUAAUUCUUCAGUAUCUGAUAAGAAUGAAUCGAUCUCACCCUCAAACUCAAGGGACGUUUCACCACAAUCUGUAACGAAAGAUGAAAGUCCUGUAGCUAAGAGACCCCGAAAUGACCGUAACUCCAAUCGGCAUUCUAAAAGUAAAAGUCGGUCGCAAUAUAGAGACUCUCCUAGAAAUGAACGUCAGAGUGGUUAUAAACGUUCUGGUGGAUCUCGUCAUGAUCGAAGGGGGCGCAAGGAAGUUCAUGACACUCGCGACCGUCGUUCCCGUUCCUCUGAUGAAUACUAUGACGGUAACCGUCGAGACCGAUCUUGGACACCUUACGGAGAUGUACCUUCUUUCAAUUAUAAUUAUAAAUUCAACUAUAAUGCGAGAUAUAAUCGUAACAAAAAUUUCUACCGUUCACGCUCACGUUCAUCAUCAGGAUGGCAGCGGCGAGACCGAAGCAGAAGCAGAUCAGGUCGCGAAAGAACUCCAAGGAAAAUAAGGGACAAUCGCAGACGAUAAUUUCAAUGUGAUUUCAUUAAAUGUUUUUCAUCAGCUUAUUUGAGUUGUUAUUUGCGUACACUUUAUUCGCUUGAUGCUAACCAGAAGUCUCCAAAAGUUAGAUUUCGCAUUUAUCAACUUAUCAAAAGAAACUUUCCAAGCGAUUAGUAUGACGUGUUUGGUGGGUCAGGUCAGAUGUCAGUCUCUAGGGUGUGUCAACUAUCUUGGUGUUAUUACCUUGUCUCGGUUGCACUUCUUAGUAAUCAGUACUAGCUGUACAUUUCGUUGUAUUCGUCCAUUCAUAAGAUGUAGAACAUAC